AUGCGACAGAGGUUGGCCACCGCCUCGCUGCUCCUGCUGCUGGUGGGCACUGUGCCCACUGUGGUGGUCCCGCGGAUCCCCUGGGACGAGUGUGGGGAGCGGCCACUCAUAGACAGGACCUCAGGAUCCCGGAUUGUAGGUGGACACGAUGCCGAGGUUGGAGCAUGGCCGUGGUCAGUCAGCCUCCAGAUUCACCACGUUGGUGCAAAAUUUGCACAUAUAUGUGGCGGAACUUUAGUUAAUGAGAAUUCAGUGCUUACCGCUGGCCACUGCACUACAGGACGGAAGGACCCAUAUUUUUGGAGAGCUGUGUUGGGCACACAUAACCUUUGGAAACACGGCAAACAUGCAGCAAAAAGAAGUAUUAGAAGCAUCACUGUGCACCCAGAAUUCAACAGAGAAACAUUUGAAAAUGAUAUUGCAUUAUUUCAACUUAAUUCUGCUGUACACUACAGUUACUAUAUUCAGCCUAUCUGCUUACCUUCUGCACACAUUUACCUGUAUAUCGACCAGGAAACAGAGUGCUUUAUAAGUGGUUGGGGACGUAUAGCAGAAAAAGGUAAAACUCCAUCUGUAUUACAAGAAGCACAGGUGGAAAUCAUUCCUUAUAGUGAGUGUAACAGUUCUGAUGCAUACGGAGGCAUGAUUAACAACAACAUGAUUUGUGCUGGCUCUCUGUCAGGAGGCACUGAUACCUGUCAGGGAGACAGCGGUGGACCGUUAGCAUGCUAUCACCCUAGUGACAACAAAUUCUAUCUACUAGGGGUUACUAGCUUUGGAUUUGGCUGUGGCCGACAAAGAUACCCUGGGGUCUAUGUCCGUGUACCUCACUAUAGAAGGUGGAUAAACUCUCAACUUCUCUUGAAUUGCAAGGCUGUGAAUCCUGUGAGCAUUACACUUAUGAUCUUUCUGACUGUCAGAUGUAUAGCGUUCGUGUAG